GCUUAAUUCAGGAAAUAUCUGCAGGUGAUAGCCAGGAUGAUGCAUUCCCAUCUACCCAAGAUCAUGUGACUGAAAUUUUGCUGACCCAAAAUUCGAAUCAGGUCAGCGAAAAUCAUGUAAGUGAUAUAACUAUACUUUCUGUAUCAAGAAAUGAUCAAGAUUCGGAAUUACCAGAAGCUUCGGUAAAUGCAUCUACUGGAACCGAGGUAAGUGAAAUAAGUGAUACAAAUGCCAAUGAUAACAAACCACAAUCUUUAAUUACUGCUUUAUCUGACGAUGAGCUAGAAAAUUUCUCCGAUGACGAUGAAUUCACCAAUGAUAACGAAGAAGAUGGGAGUUUCUGUAGUUUUUCUGAUGACGAUGAUGAAGGUUAUUAUUAUGAUUUAAAUACCAGCGAAACUUAUACAAAAUCGAACCGUUCAAUCUAUGCCUAUUAG